AUGGCUUCCAUCCCCCGCCACUCUCUGAGGUACGAAGAAUUCGCCGUCUCUGACAUGGACACAGACACCUUGACAUCGAGAUUUCGCCUUAGCCCUUCCGCAGAAGCUGAGGCUGAGGAUCAAGCUCCGCUCAAGGAUCACAACCGUGAUGACCAUGCUGCUCGCUGUAGGGCGACCACUAGCGCUUUGGCGCUGGAUGAGGACGAAUUUGACAUUGAGAAGGAGAAGCCGCCCUGGGUCAGCGGGUCAGGCCAGCCUCGUGAAGCGGAGCGCCGACAAAAGUACUACGCCAGCGAGACUUACUCGCCCAAUGCCUAUCCGCCGCACCCAACCGCUCAGGGGCGGCACAGCGACAGGGAGCAGUGGAGCUACGGAGGGGCUGGCAAUUAUUCGCCAGGCCGAGCACCUGUGCACGGCAGCAAGUUGGACGUCGAGAAUGAUGCUGGUGCAAAAGCCAAGAUUGAGGGAGGCUGGCGCUUUCGAAUGCCAUGGCAUGGCAAGGGCUAUGCAGCUCCGCCUGGUGACGACUUCAAGGAUGACAGCAGCGGCUCACGGUCGGAUGGGGUGAGGAGCGUGAAUGCGAACCUCGAAGCGUGAUGGUAGCCCGCGCCCAAGCUCACACGUAUGCUCGCCUUUUCCUCCAUCUUUGCUGCUGCGAUUCCUAACUGAAGCGUCUGGUUGCGCGUCUGGCAUCGCACUUGGGCAAGAUAGGCUUCACCUUGCUGAUCACUGCCUUGCUCUGGAUACCUGGACUGGUCGCUCUCCUCAUAUAUGGCGCGAGACCAUCGAACGGCUUCGCGCAACCGCAAGUGUGGAGCGUCGGCAUAUUUUGGUGGAGCAUCUGGCUGUCUUGCUCCUUCUUGGCUACAUUCGUAUGCCACGUCGUAGCCAGCAUCGUGCCGCGCUUCUUCUUGAGCUUGCUUGGCGGUGUUCAAGCGAUCAAGACCCCUGCAGCAUACUUGCUCGCCGUCAAGAGGUAAGUGCGAGCACAUCGGGUCAGGCGAUGACAGUGAUACCCCGGCCUCACGCUUGGCUCUUUGACCACACAGGUAUGCUGCAGCGUUCCUUUGGACGCUCUUCGUGAGUCCAUAAGCCGCACCUUGUUGCAUUUGCUCUCGGCCCUGUUCUAAUUGGGCGCUAUCUCCCUCUCAGGUCUGGAUUGCUUGGCUGGUCAUCAUAGUCACCCAUUUCAACGACCCUUCACAAAAGUCCGUGAUCCAGCAGGGAGAGACAGCAGCCGAGUCGAACUCGUCAGACGUCAGCAGUACUGCCAACCUCAUCGUCACCAUCGGCCGUUUCUUCUUUGGCCUCGCUCUGUGCAGUGCCAUUCUACUGGUGGAAAAGUUUGCAGUGCAAUGGUGAGCAUUCGGAAGAAUUUCUUUUCUCACCUGUAUCUCCGCGCUGACUUCCGAGACCUUCAUUCAGGAUCGCGUAUCGUUUCCACCGCGUGCAAUACGAGUUCCGUAUUUCAGUAGAAUCUCAGCAUGUCGACGUUCUCGCCGCGCUAUAUGCCAAAGCGCGGCCUGACUAUCCGGGUCUGACGCUCAAAGCUGAGCGCGCUUACUCCGGUGAUUCGUUGGGUUCUGGUGCGGUGCCAGAGCUGGCGGCCUUCGGCACAGCAAGCAGCAGGGUGAAGAGCCAAAGGAUGCGGGGUACAGGCCCAAGCGCUAGCAUUCUUGGCACGGCUGCUUCCUCAAUGAACCCAAGUGUUAUGCUUCCCUUUGGUCCAAGAGCUAUUGUUCUGAGAUCACUGGACUCCGAAAGCGAGACAAGGAAGCUGGCGAAGCGCAUAUAUGCAACCUUUGCUUCGAAGUCUGCUAGCGGCGACGCAUCGUCAAUUGGCUUGGAAGACAUCGCGGAUUGCUUUCCAAAUGCUCACAGAGCUACUCAAGGUCAGCCCUCACAAGCUCUCGAAGGCUUAUACGUAGCUCACACUCGGUCUCUCUCCCUCAGCGAUGGAGCUGCUCGAUGCGGACGGCAAUGGGAGUGUGACCGCUUCUGAGCUUGAGCAGGGCUGUAUUGCGAUCAGGAAGGAACGCAUGUCUUUGAUGGCAAGCAUGCAUGACGUGGACAGCGCAGUAGCAGGUGAGAUGCUGGUAGCCCUUGGAGCGUGUCAAAGCACUAUUGACAAGCCAUUCCUCCAUGACACUGCAGCACUCGACGGAGUCUUCAUGUCUUUCUACAUGUUGAUAUCCUUGUCCAUCAUUGCAGCCUUGCUCUCAGUCAAAUUCAGGACUGCUGCGCUGUCGAUGGGUGCUGUACUUCUUGGUUGUGAGUGGGUGCGGCUCGCAUUUCAUCUUUGUGAUCUCGGCUGAUGUCGCUUCUCCGGUCACACCUCUCAGUGAGCUGGCUCAUUGGCGCCAGUGCUCAAGAAGCUCUGGCCGCGAUUUUGUUCGUGUUCGUCAAGCAUCCCAUCGACGUUGGCGACAAUAUCGAGAUUCCUGGGCUUUUGGCUGAGAGCGAGAAAAGUGUGACCCUCGUCGUACAUGAGCUACAGCUUCUCUCGACAGUAUUCGAAACGACAACGGGCAAGCUGCUGCAAGUCCCCAAUGCCAUCCUCGCAAUGAAAGUCAUUGUCAACUUUAGUAGAUCGGGACCCAUCGAUGAGCAGGUAUCAAUCACUGUCGACUACACCACUGAACUCUCAGCGAUCGAAGAAUUGCGCCAAGACAUGCUUGGGUGGAUCGAUUCGCGCGGUAGGGAUUACCGCCCAGGUCUUGAUAUCCACAUUCAAGAUCUGGGCGAUCAAUCCAAGCUUGUACUGCAAGCGUCCAUCAGGCACAAGUCCAACUGGGCAGACGCAAGCUUGCGCGCCGAAAGGAAGAACAUCUGGCUCUGUGCCUUCAGGCACUUCAUGCAGCUCCGCAAGAUCUACGGGCCGUCGGGCGAUCCUCAUUCAGUACCCAUCAGACGAGUGGCUAUGGUCGAUGCGCCCAAAGCCCAGACGCCACCACUAGCGCAUGCGCCGAAAAAGCCCGAGGAGUACACGUUGCUGGAUUCGCGCACUCAAGCGAGUGAAGCCGAGCAUGCUGCCGUAGCCGACGUCAAAGGCUAUAGCACAUCCCUAAGUCAAGUUCCCGCUCGCGAUCAACGCCAGCGAACACCGCGACGCUGA